AUGAAUCUCUAUCUUUUAUCUAACAAUGGGGUUUCCGAACCGGGCAUCACAGAAGGAAGGGUCAAGUCCGUUAUUCAGGAGUUUGCCGACUCAACGGUUCAACCAUUACAGGGGAAACUCAAGAAAGCCGUGCGCCAAACACUCUUGCUCGCCGAAAAGACGAGGGAUGAUCUCAUAAAGGCAGAGGACCGGAUCACAGUCAUCGAAAACGACUACCGGGACGACGUGGUUCUACACAACGAGCAUUAUAAACAAACCAAGGACUUGGAAGAAAAGACCUCAAGGAUGGUGGAUGACUUGGAUCGGCUUGAAAGGGAAACCGAGCAACGAUUUAAAGAGGUCGAUGAGGACCUAGGGCGGUCAAGAAAUAAAGUCGGUGCGACACUUGACAGGGUCGAUGAGUUGAUAAAUGCCAAGAUCAAUGCUGACAUAGCGGUUGAGGAAGCAAACGCCCGAGCGGCUAAGGAAGUCCAAGAUGCGCUGGAUGAAGAAACGCGGAGAGCAAAGGAGGCACCGCGACUAUCUGAAGAGGAAAUAGCCGAGCGCGAACGAAUCACAGUGGCUAAGUAUUCGGGACUUGCAAGGUCCAUAGCCGCCCAAGCUGCGGAGGAUGCAGAGCGGUUAAAUACUGAAAGACAAAGACUUGAUGAAUUUGCAACCGCUCACAAGAAGAAAAAGGCAGCUUCCUCCUCUUCGGUUCCGGCAAAACGAAAACGGAAAGCAUCAAGGAAGGCUCAGGCAGCCGGGCUGCUGGAAAGGAUCACCGAAACGGUUAUUGACACUAAACCGAACUCAGCCAUGCACUUCAAGGAUGAAGACGAAGAGCAUCUGGAGCAGCGCUCCACAAGACAACGAGUUCUACAAGCGGUUCCAAUCAGCACGGGCAGUCAACCGCAAGCUGAAGGUUCAUCGUCAAGACCGGAUGAGGAAGAACCAACCGAUGAUAUGAUGGACGGCUUCCGGUUUUCAGAAUCAGAAUAG